UUGUUAGUGUUGAGUUUUCCUAAACAUUUUAAGUUAAACACAUUUUUUGUUUCACAAACGACCUUAUCGUUAAAGUUAUUAAGUUUUUACGUUGGCGUUAAUUUAUUUUUGCGUUUUACAAAGUAUAAAUAUUAAUUGUUAAUGUUCAAGUAAAUGCUUUGCUUCUUAAUAUUUUGGGCUCAAAGUGGGGCGAAUAAUAAACCGAAAGGCAAGAUGAAAGAAGAAAAGCAACCGUUAUUAGACAGCGAUUUAAGCGAGUAUGAAUCACCUCAUCCAACUCAUUCGGCCGUCAGCAUGGAAAACGUGGCUUCUUUUAAAUUUGAUCCGGUAUUAAAUCGAGAUAUUGAUCAUCCAACAUCGAAUAUCGACACUAUGAUACAUCUUUUAAAAGGAAAUAUAGGAACUGGGAUUCUUGCAAUGCCCGAUGCUUUCAAGAAUGCUGGUUUGGCUGUAGGGAUGGUUGGAACUCUUCUUAUGGGAUUUAUUUGCACCCAUUGUAUGCAUAUGUUAGUUAAUUGUGCCCAUGAACUUUGCAGAAGAACAAAUAGAAGCGCAAUGGGAUUUUCUGAAGUCGCUGAAAUGGCUAUGCAACUAGGUCCAGCUCCUUUUCAAAAAUUUUCAAAAUCCGUUAGAAAAUUAGUAGACAUAUUUUUAUGCUGCACCCAACUGGGAUUUUGUUGCGUUUACUUCGUCUUCGUCGCCGCCAAUCUCCACGACAUCAUCAAGCACUAUUUCAUCGAUAUACACGUGAUUUGGUAUCUAGUCAUGCUUCUUUUCCCCAUGAUCCUGUUGAAUUGGGUCAAAGAACUUAAAUAUUUGACCCCCGCUUCGCUUUUCGCGUCAAUAUUAACUUGUUCUGGGCUCGUUAUCACUUUCUUUUACAUGCUUCAAGGGCUUCCAAACACCUCGUCGGUUAAAGCAUUUUCAUCGUGGGGUCAAUUACCGUUGUUUUUUGGUACUGCUAUUUAUGCUUUUGAAGGUAUUGGUGUUGUGUUACCAUUAGAAAAUAAUAUGAAAACGCCUCAAGAUUUUGGCGGUUGGAAUGGUGUUUUAAAUACGGGUAUGGUUAUUGUAGCCUCUUUAUAUACAGCUGUGGGAUUUUUUGGGUAUUUAAAAUAUGGGGACGCUGCUAAGUUGGGAAGUGUUACUUUGUUGUUACCACCUGAUGAUAUAUUAGCACAAUCUGUUAGGUUGAUGAUGGCAAUAGCAAUCUUCCUUUCAUACAGCCUACAAUUUUAUGUACCAUUCAAUGUUGUUUGGCCUUCAGUAAAAAAACAUUUACAAACUGAUAAAUCGAUUCAAAUUGGGGAAUACGCAACGAGAUCUAUUUUGGUGGUUAUAACCUUUGCUUUAGCAGCUGCCGUUCCUAAUUUAGGAGCUGUUAUUUCUUUAGUCGGGGCUUUUAGCAGCUCAGCUUUAGCGUUAAUCUUCCCCCCAAUUCUCCAUAUAAUCACGUUUUGGCCAAACAAGUUGGGAAAAUAUUAUUGGCAAUUAUACAAAGAUUUGCUGAUUUUGCUCUUUGGAAUUAUUGGAUUUUUAUUGGGGUCUUAUGUAAGCAUAUUAAACAUUUUAAACCCUGAAGAGAAUGAAUAAAAAUGGAUUUAAAUUAAUAAAAAAAUCUAAUUGUUAGCUGUGACAAUAAGUAAUGUAUUUAGGCAACAAUAAUUAUUAACUAGACAAUAAUUAUUUGUGUUCACGUAACAAAUCGUACAAGAUAUUCAUCAAGUCUCUCUCUCUCGCUGUGUCUUCUUGCCAGUUGAUCAGUAUAUUAUAAAAAAAUAUUUUUGUCUCGUUUAAUAUUAAAAAAAAAAAACAUUCCCGUGUUUUACCCACCUCAAAGUUGAUCUGAAUUGGAUGAUUACGGGGUUUUCUCAUCAAGACAAGUUACCUUUUCUUUAACUUGCUAGAAGUGAGAGAUCAGUAUUACGAUUUUUAUUUGAAUUUUUAUUAUAUGUACAUAUUACCUAUAUAUUUUUGUACUAUAUUAUGUCUUUAUAAAAAACGAACAAGUGUUAUUUAAGUGUAAAAUGAACUUUAAAUAAAUUAUUUUCAUUGUUUAAAAGUUUAA